UGAAGUCACUACAACCCCAAUUUACCCUGUUCUAUUUUAUAGCGAUCUCCGUGUCUCUAGAACAGCCCAACUGGGAUUGACUACAUUGAAUAUUUAUAUAGAAGGGUUUGUUUCAUACCAUUGGGAUUCUUGGUCUGAGAUAUCUUUUAGUUUUCUGAAAAAUAAUGUAUCUGAUUUUGCAUAUUAAUUAGUUUGAGAUUCCAAGAGUUUUGGUGGCUCAACUGAGGUGGAUGAUUCAGCUUCAAUUGAUAUGUGAUUUGUUGAUUCUCAUUUUCAGUAAUCUGAAUAAGUUUGUGACUGGAUGAGUUUCAGGAAUAUCAGGUGAAUGUACUGGAGUGUUGAUUUCGCAUCAUUUUCUUUCUUUGCAGCAAUUAAAAAUAGAAGUUGGACAGCAGAUAGACAUGAAUGGACCCUCAAGAAACCUUUGAAAUGUGAAACAACUGGGGACUGGGAGGAAGACUUGCAGAAAAUUCGGAACUCUUUUGGUUGAGUGAUGUCAGUCUCAUCAUCAGCCACAGACAUUGCCAGCAAUGAAGAUCUUUUAUCCCAAAUCCUUGUUCGAUUACCCCCAAAAUCCCUCAUUUGCUUCAAAUGUGUGUCCAAACAAUGGCUCUCACUCAUUUCCAACCCCCAAUUCAUUGCCACCCACAUCCGCUGCCGAGGCAUUGCAUCCCCUUCUGGCCUACUUCUAAACAAUGAUUACUUGCAUACUCCGGAGUUCCACUAUGUACCUCUGUCACACUCUAAUCCCUCUGAACUCACUCCCCCUCCGUAUCUGAGCUAUCUUGGUGCCCCACGCAUCAAGAUCCUACAGUCUUGUAAUGGUUUGCUUUUGUGUUCUUCUGCCUACCAGAAAAAUGAUCCAAAUUACGAACUCAAAUACUUUGAUGACCUUUCACAGACAGAGGAUGAUGUUCUCUUGCCAGACAUAUGGCAUGUAAUCCCAACAAUCUCAAAUGCCUGCAGUCAAACAAGAAUCCAUUAUUCUGGUUUUCGAUUCUAUGUCUGCAAUCCUACCACCAAGCAGUUCAAGACUCUUUCUUUUCCUUUCUUUCAGUAUCACAUACUUGCUCUAAAUAUUGCUUUUGAUCCCUUGCAUUCACCCUACUUCAAAAUAUUGUGUAUACUCAAGAAGGAUCUGGAUUCUCAUGUAAUUCACCUUUAUGAUUCCGAGACCAAAACUUGGAACUCAUCUCCAAUAUCAUUUAAUGCACCCAGGAAUAUACACUUCCGUGAACCUGUAUUUUGCAGGCGUGCAAUUCACUGGUAUAGUUCCCAACAGACUUCGCUUUACUUUGAUGUGGAUAAAGAGUGCUUGAACCCGAUGCCUAUGCCCCAGUCUUCGUUGUAUGGAACUGUCAAUUAUUUUGGGGAGUCUGGAGGCCACCUGCAUCUGAUAUUGUCAACAACCUCUUUUCUAGAAUUUGAUGUGUUUGAGUUGGAGAAAGAUUACUCUGCAUGGUCAGUGAAGUACCGUCUCAAUAUUGAAGGCAUAAGAGUUUCACUUUCUGGUACAUGUGGCUUUUCCAGCAUUGGAUCUAAUGCUUCAGUGCUGAGAAUUACUUGUGGAGAAAAGGAAGAGGAAUCAGAGGCGGUGGUAUUUAUAUUUGGUAUCGAAGGUAGUAUGGUUGCCUCUUGCAAUUUGAGUAAUGGGACUCAUAGAAGACCUACAGUAUUGGUUCCUUCUCGAGAAGCUGUUCUUGAUUUCAAGAUCCUUCAUUCCCAUACAGACUCCUUUCCAUUCAUAGAAACACUGUCUCCCCUAUAAAGCACAUAUAUUCUUUGGAGCUAUUUCGCUUUAGUAUAUAAUUGUUUUCAUCUUGAUCAGUUUGACAGAUUGAUUUUGCCAAUGAGUAUUAGUGCCGUCUGUAUUCAGCAUUGUUCAUUCCUACAACUUCAAUGACUUGAAGUACACUGAAGAAAGUUUUGCGCUAAUUACUGAAUUGAU